GUCUGGGUUCAAGAACACCCCUGACAUUCCUCGCACUCGAGAAGGUUACGGCACAGACUGCGGCGGUCCGUCUUUUCCUCCACGUUCCUUGAUCGGGGGUAGGCCGGCUGUACUACAUUCCACACUCCACUCGAUUCGACGCCAUUAGCACGGUGCUCGCUCUUUUCGGAAGGCAAACAAGGAGGUUGGAACAAAUACUGCCAAAAUGGAGACCAUAAAGAAGAAGAUGCAGGCUCUCAAGCAGGAGAAGGAGAAUGCCUUGGAUGCAAGGGAUGCGGCGGAGAACGAAAAGCGGGCAGCCCUCGAGAGAGAGGAGGUGGCGCAAGAUGAGAUCAAGGAACUGCAGUCGAAAAUCAAGACGAUCGAAGCCGAGCUGGAUCAGGUGCAAGACAAGCUGACUACCAACGAAACCAGACUGGCCGAGGCAGAGAAGGCUCAGUCUGCGGCUGAAGCAGAGAAGGACGACCUGGUCCGAAAGACACAGCUCCAGGAUGAUGACAUCACAAGACUCACAGAACAGAAGGAGUCGCUAUCAGGAAAACUAACGCAAGUUGAAGAGCAAGCUGAACUUCACAUAAGGGCAACCAAGGCACUUGAAACUAGGGGCAUGGCUGAUGAUGACAAGAUCGCACAUCUGGAGAAGGAGCUUCUUAAAGAGAAAGCUGCAGCUGACCACAAUAAAUUUUUGUACGAUGAGGUUUUUAGGAAACUCACUGUUACAGAGCAAGAUUUGGAGCGUUCAGAUGAGCGUUGCAAGGACUUAGAUUGUAAGCUCGUCGAAUUAACAGAACAGGUCAGCAACUUGCAGGCCGCCCACAAGUCGGCCGAAGCUCGAUACGAGAAGGCCUCUGAUGCAGAGGAGCAACUGCUUGUCAGAGUACAGGAGCUGACCGCUGAAAAGGAGGCCUUGGCAAACCAAGAGGAGUUCACUAACCGGUCAUUCAAAACUCUGCAAGUCCAGCUGGAGAGCGCCGAAGAUGAGCUGCUUCAGGAGAAGGAACGUCUGAAGGGGAUGACGGACGAAGUCGAGAGGGUCAUGCAGGAACUGGUGGAGUACUAAGCACCUCCCUCACUAUCUUAAUCCCUCCCCCGAGCUGACCUUCCCCUCCCCUCUCCAAGGCCUGCCUUCACCACCGAAGGGGAUGCACCAUUCUGACCCUCUGGCCAAAGGCCAGGGGUUUAUUGUCAUGGCUGGCAUAGCUAAACUAGUCGUCACCCUUGUUGAUGUUGCAUGAGAUAAACUUUGCACAGUUUGCAGCAGAAAAAAAGUUCCUAGUUUAUUUCUGACUCUAACAGGCAGUGUGAAAGCUAAAGUUGCAUUCUUGUGUGGGGGAGGCAGCCUAAAUUCCCAAGUCCAUAAAUAUUAAUAUUUCCUUUUCUGAAUUGGGAAAAAAGAGCUUGUUUUUCUUUUCUUGCAAAGUGUGGUUUUCUCCGCUGUACUAUGUUUCUUUAAAAAAAAAUUAGUUAGUUGCGUUUUUGAAAUAGCUGAAUGUGUCCCUUAAAUUAAAUGAUUCUGAUAUAUGUACCUCAAAACUCCAAGGGACUUUUAUUAGUGGAACAACAUCAAUUGGUAUCUUCAUGAGGCACUUAUGCAAAGAUAUCCUCAUAAUGGAAGAAAAUUAUUUAAAUUUAGGGCACAAAACUUCGCCAGAAACAUACUUGAAUCCCUUGAUGUAUUAAGACUAAUAAUUUGAUGACUUCUGGUACGAUUGUCAUUAAUGGUUAAAGGAAUCAUGUAACUUGAAAUCUGAGAUUUGUAUUUGAUGUAUUAGCAUUUGUAAAUUGCCUUUUUGCAGACAAGAAAAACAAAUAUAAUCUUAGAGUGUCUGUUGUCUUUAUGUUUCACAUAGAGCCAUGACAGCUGUUUCUUCGUGUUUUGUGGUAAUAAUUUUUUUUAACGACUGAAUUGCUUAUUACUUCUGACUGAUAGUUAUUAACACCAGGUACGUAAGACAUUGAUGGGUGAAAAAAAAUUGUAGACUUGCAGUUAAAGGACAGUGUAAUUCUUGCUGGAAUUUUCUGAAAUGUUAGCAAUGAGUCAAACAUGCUGAUUGGUGAAGUCUGCUACAUUGAGCCUUAGGCCAAUCACCGUGAUCGUUGCUCUUUGGAACAGAUCUCUACAGAUUUCAACUGUUCAUCAUCAACAUAUGCAUAUAAUCAUUUACAUUUUUCUUGUACAUUAUGGGGCAUGGUAUUCUUUUCCAGAUUUUCAAAAGCAUAAAUCCAUCAGUGGGUUUAUACACUAGAUUUUGACAAUUUUUAUAGGUUUCAGAGUUUGUUUUGAUGUAGUCAUUUCACAAGUUUUAAAAUGUAGGGAGGCAUUGAUGAGGAAGCGUGUUAGAAUCUUCACAGAUUACUUCAUAUGUAUUGAAGAAUGUAGCAUUCAGUUCAUGCCUACAGUUCAAGUACUCAUGCGCUUGACGGGCAAUAGCCUACCAGAGCCACUGUAUCAUGCGGUAUUGUGUAGGCUCCAUGUAGCAUAUGUAACAUCAAUCCUGAUUGGUCCGUGAGUGUAUCUGCAUAUUGCUCAUCUGAGACUUGAGAUUUUGUACUGGGCUUUACCCAUUCCUGCAUUUUUUUUCAAAAACGAGAAUCUGGAUGUAAUGAAUGGCUUUGUAGUGUGUGCGUGCUGUGCUUUUUUGCUGGUAACAGAGCAACUUCAUGCUGUCAGUUGAUGCUGUAACCGUUGCCUGGCUCUGGUAGGCUUGUUGUUGGAGUCCGCUGGCCUGUUCAUAACAUGUUUUAUUGACAACCAAUCAUGAAUCAGGACCCUUGGUAGUUUUCAUCUGAAACCAUGCACCAUUUUACCAAAGUAUUGUAAUAAUUGUAAUCUAACUUUCAUUUAUUUUUUAUUGAAACUUCAGUUAUUGUAUGAUUGUGCAUUAGAGGCAAGUAAAGAAUGAGGCCAAGUGGAAAAUCGUGUAGUUUUAUCUAUUAAUAUAGUGUACAGUUAUUGUCUGUAGAAUUAAGGGAGGUACCGUAAUUGUGAGGUAAUCAUGGAACUUCUAUUUUGUUCUGUCAAGAUAUUGGAAAAAAAUGCGGCGAACUUAGCUUGCACAUCAAUAUAUUAAUCAUUUCAGACAACUGUAAAAUUUUCUUCAACUAUUAAGUGUUGCAUGACAAAUUUGGUUUGGCUGCAGAGUUGUAUUUCACUCGAAGAAAGUUGUAGUGUUGAAUUUGUAUGCGGCUAUAUAAAAAAAAUCCAGAAAGUGAGGAAAAAAAAUAGUACUAGGAAGACUUGCAUGCUUCUAUACUUCUAACCUCUCCUAUUGUAGACAGUGGGAAAAGUCGGUGUGAAUGUCUGUAAUUGAGCCGUAAAUGUCAACGAGGCAUCAAGAAAUGACGUACACCUGAAAAAAUUAACGCUCUUAUUGAGUCCUUAGCUUACAUGCUGUUCGUGCAAGCAGUGGCAACAAGUGGACAGGCAAGCGUCCCGCUAUUGGUCAGUUGGACCCAUAGGUCCGCGUAACAUAUAAGCCAACUUGAGUGUGGCCAACAGAAUUGUGUGCUGCCAUUGCUUUGUCUUAAUUACAAAUAAAAACAAUACUGUCUCGUACACCAAAAA